CUCAGCCAAUAGGAAGCGGCGUUUGGAGGAGCGGGCGCAGGAGCGGAGACAGACCGAGUGACAGCGUCUGAUUCCCGGGGAGCAGGACCGCAGGAGCUCCGUGGGCAGAGCCAGCGCCGCGGACAAGAUGCCGAACAAGCCGAAGAAGGAGAAGGAAUCCAGCAAAUCUUCCAAAAGCAGCUCGAAGAACAACAACAGCAGCGGGAAGGAUGCUGCUCCAGAGAACCCUGAGGAGGCGCAGCAGCAGAGCGGCAGCAAGCGGCCCAGCACCAGCACGCCUCCGCCCACCCAGCUCAACAAGAUCAAGUACUCUGGAGGUCCUCAGCUGGUGAAGAAGGAACGCCGCCAGAGCUCCUCGCGCUUCAGCCUGACGCGGAACCGGGAGCUGCAGAAGCUGCAGAACCUCAAAGAUGCGGCGCCCCCGGAACGUGAGGAACUCUUUGUGCAGAAGCUGCGGCAGUGCUGCGUUCUCUUCGACUUCAUCGCCGACCCGCUCAGCGACCUGAAGUACAAGGAGGUGAAGAGGGCGGGGCUUAACGAAAUGGUGGAGUACAUCACGCACAACAGCGAGGUGGUGACCGAGUCCAUCUACCCGGAGGCCGUCUUCAUGUUCUCUGUGAACGUGUUCCGCACCCUUCCUCCGUCCUCCAACCCGACCGGAGCCGAGUUCGACCCUGAGGAGGACGAGCCGACGCUGGAGGCGGCCUGGCCUCACCUGCAGCUGGUGUACGAGUUCUUCCUUCGCUUCCUGGAGUCUCCCGACUUCCAGCCAAACGUUGCCAAGAAGUACAUUGACCAGAAGUUCGUGCUGGCGCUGCUGGAGCUGUUUGACAGUGAGGAUCCCAGGGAGAGGGACUUCCUGAAGACCAUCCUCCACCGCAUCUACGGCAAGUUCCUGGGCCUCCGCGCCUACGUCCGCCGGCAGAUCAACAACAUCUUCUACAGGUUCAUUUAUGAGACGGAGCAUCACAAUGGCAUCGCCGAGCUGCUGGAGAUCCUGGGCAGCAUCAUUAACGGCUUCGCUCUGCCGCUGAAAGAAGAACACAAGAUGUUUUUAAUCCGGGUUCUGCUGCCGCUUCAUAAAGUCAAGUCUCUGAGUGUGUACCAUCCUCAGCUGGCCUACUGUGUGGUCCAGUUCCUGGAGAAGGACAGCAGCCUGACGGAGCCGGUGAUCAUGGGUCUGCUGAAGUUCUGGCCCAAGACUCACAGCCCGAAGGAGGUGAUGUUUCUGAACGAGCUGGAGGAGAUUCUGGACGUCAUCGAGCCGUCUGAGUUUGUGAAGGUCCAGGAGCCGCUCUUCAGACAGCUGGCCAAGUGUGUGUCCAGCCCACACUUCCAGGUGGCUGAGAGAGCGCUGUAUUACUGGAACAACGAGUAUAUCAUGAGUCUGAUCAGCGACAACGCCGUCAAGAUCCUCCCCAUCAUGUUCCCCGCCCUCUACAAGAACUCCAAGAGCCACUGGAACAAGACGAUCCACGGGCUGAUCUACAACGCCCUGAAGCUCUUCAUGGAGAUGAACCAGAAGCUUUUUGACGACUGCACCCAGCAGUACAAAGCUGAGAAACAGAAAGAGAAGUACAAGCUGAAGGAGCGGGAGGAGGUGUGGCUGAAGAUCGAGGAGCUGGCCCGACAGAACCCGCAGAGCAACAGGCUGCAGCGCCUCCGCCCAGGACUCCGCCCACAGGAGGAGUUCCUGAUGUACAGCGACGGCGGUCUGGCCGUGUUCUCCAUGGAGACGGAGACGCCAACGACGGAGGACAUCCAGCUGCUGAAGAAAAGCAUGGAGACCGAAGCCUCGCAGGGCGUGAAGGACCUGAAGAAGGAGAAGGCCCUGAUGAGGAGGAAGUCCGAGCUGCCGCAGGACGUCUACACCAUCAAAGCUCUGGAGGCUCACAAGAGGGCCGAGGAGUUCCUCACAGCCAAUCAGGAGGCUCUCUGACCGCCCUGAGCCUGGCUCCGCCCCCCACCGGCCCACCUGUGUCCGGCUGUCUCAGCGCUGCGCUGUGAUUGGACGUCAGCCUUUCUGCGCCUGAACGCAUCAUCAGCUGCAGAGACCGAAGAUCCAUCCUGACGAGCUGCGCCGGUUCCGGCUCGGUUCUGCAGCAGAACGGGCCGAACAUCAGCUGCAUCACCGCCGGAGCGUUUGGGCCCAACGGGUCAGAACCCGCUGGCCUCAGAGAAGCAGAACAAAGGCACGGUUCCACUGGGCCGCCUGUUUUAGAUCGGGCCCGGUCCAGAAGGGCCCGGUCCGCUCAGAGAAGGUUCUGUAUGUCAGGUCGUCUCCUGGAGGAAUCUCUCUGUCGGCAGAGACAGAAGCGGGUCGGCGCCGUUCAGCGGGCCGUCGGGCCUCAGGGUUCCCUGGAGUCCGGUUCUGCAGACGGCGGCUGUUGUUCUCCGCUAAGUUAGAACCUGAGAUCUUACCUGGUUAACAGAACCUCUGCUGAGCGGCGCCGGUUCCACGUUUGAUUGAAACAAACGCAGGAAAGUGGGCGGAGCCGGUGGAACCGGGCCUUCAGAUGGAUGCUUGUAGAACCCUGGUUCUGGUUCUGUUGUGUUCAGGUUUCAGGACGGGCGCUCCACCACCUUUAACCUCACCUGACUCGACCAAUCAGCUGCAGCCUCACUUCUGAUGAACGAAUGGGAGACAGGGAACGCAGACGUCCAAUCAGAGGCGAGGAUGAGGAGGCGUGGCCUGCUGACGGGAAGUCUACAGCCAGGUAGAACCUCAAAGGAUCCAGAACGUCUCACCUGGUUCCUCCUGGUUCUGCUGAGCUGACCUGAAUGUACUCAGCCCUCCUACAGAUGGCGCUGUUCACCUACACAGGUGGAUGUUUCUGAGGUGGGCGGAGCUUCGUCAUGUGACUGCAUCCCCACAUAAAGGCCUCGGCCCCCCCACCAUCCCCUCACUGGACAGAACAGGACCGGUUCUGGGUCCAGACCCGGUUCCGUGACACUACAACGUGACGCCACUUCCUGUCAUGGUGUACAGACGUUUAAUCAGAUGUUCAUGUAUGUACAGAGAAAAUAAAUCCGGCCAUGUUGGACCGGGUUCCACACAGAAAUCACUGGUUCUGACAGAAACACGCUAACAGAACCUGGUCCACAUGGUUCCUUCACAGGAAACAAUCAGAUUCUAAUAAUAAAAUACAUGAACUACUAA